AUCUUUUUGCUGGGAUUAUUAUCAAAGAAAAGAAAAGAUCUGUCUAUCCUUUCCACUGCUUCAUUUUGUCUUCCUAAACAAACCCACAAACACACACAUACACAAUUACACAAACUGAAAAUGGCGUCUGCAACUAGUUUCAGUGCUCAGAUUUCAAACUUCAAUAGCAGACCAAAUUCUUCAUCUUUCCAAAAACCAGUUCUAAAGCCAAGUUCAGUUGGUAUGAAAUCCUUAUCCCAGUCUGGUCACUGGAAGCCUUUUGAUAACCAUCGAUCUCUUCGUGUAUUUGCUCUAUUCGGAGGAGGAAAGAAGGAUGGUGACAAAGAUGACGGAAAGGCAGGGGUUUUUGGAAACAUGCAAAAUCUAUAUGAGACAGUAAAAAAGGCGCAAAUGGUUGUCCAGGUUGAGGCAGUGCGCGUGCAAAAAGAACUUGCUGUAGCCGAGUUUGAUGGGUAUUGUGAAGGUGAGCUAGUAAAGGUCACACUCUCUGGGAAUCAGCAACCGGUACGUACAGAAAUUACUGAGGCUGCAAUGGAAUUGGGGUCAGAAAAACUUUCACUUCUGAUUACUGAAGCAUACAAGGAUGCCCAUCAAAAAAGUGUCCAGGCGAUGAAAGCACGCAUGGGCGAUCUUGCACAGAGCUUAGGGAUGCCACCCGGCUUGGGUGACCAAUUCAAGCAAUAAUCUAUUCCUCUUCCCCACCAUCUUCCAAGAAGCUGCAGUUUUGUAGACUAACUGUGCGAAAAAGGUUUCAAAUCAGGUUUUUAUGAUAAAAGCAGUUUGUCAAUUUAAGAAAAAGAAAAUAUCGGGACCAACCAAGAAAGUUAGAUAUGAAAGAGUUGUAAAGGAACAUAAAACAUCUCUCUUUCUGUGCUAUGUAUUUUUUUAACUGUUGUUCGUUGUUAAAUUAUGUUGGACAAAAUGAUUCUUCCGGGGAAUAUAGUGUAACGUGGCUUCAUUCUAAA